GGAUAACAAGGGCUGCAGUUAACAAUAAAAGGUUUCUCAGGAAACUUAAGUCUCCGGUGACAAAUAAGAGUCACAACAAGACAGGAUGCAUAUGGACCCAGCUGCUGGGCUGAAGGGAUAUGGGAGGCAAACAGUCUUAGCUUCAUUGUCUUAGCAUGUGCUCUGCAAGAUUUAUUUAUACAAUUUGAGCUUGCAAUGGGGAGAUCAUUAGGUUCGCGGCUCCUUCACUUGUUAGACAUGGAGAUAGUCCUUCGGAUCUUCUGGCAAACCCUGCUCUUGGGACUAACGGCCCAGCCCAGCGAAGAGGUGGAAGCCCUGUGUGCUGGAACUGCUUGCUACACACUCCACUUCGGAAGGUACAGCUGGAUUGAGGCUCAACAACAGUGCAAAAACAACGGAGGUAACCUGAUGACCCUGAAGAACCAAGACGAGGCAUUGCUUGUCAGGCAACUGUUGGCCAAGGUGCCCAAGGGAGAAGCUGGCACAGACACAGAGGUAAGGUUGUGGAUUGGGCUCCGUCGAGAGAAGGGCAAAUGCUACCAGAAACAUCAGCCGCUGAAGGGCUUCAGUUGGGUGACAGGAGGUGAGGAGACCCAGUACUCUAACUGGGGGCAGGAGCCCCGGGAAACAUGCACCUUAAAUAGGUGUGUGACCCUGCAGGGGGCUCCGUCCUUGUCUCAGGAACUGGCCUGGGCAGAUGGCUACUGCAGUAACUCAGCUGACAGGAAGUCUGGCUACUUGUGCAAGUUCGGCUUCCAGGGAACCUGCCGCCCACUUGUUUUGGCGGGGCCAGGCAUUGUCCGAUACACCACCCCUUUUGGCGUAGAGACGGCCUCCCUUGUAGCGGUGCCCUUUGGCUCCUCAGCUGAAGUGGUGUGUGGACCCCAGGGCGAGGAGAGGCCUAACACCUUCCUUGUGUGCAAGCCGCAAGCAAACAGCAAUACCUCCGAAUGGACCAGCCCAGGGCCCUUUUGUGCUUCGCCGCGUUAUGGUUGCAGCUACAGCAAUGGAGGUUGUGAGCACAAGUGCCUAGAACGAGCUGGGGGGUCAUUCCAGUGUGCUUGUCAUUCGGGAUACCAGCUUGGAGGGGACCGUCUGUCCUGUAUCCUUGUGGACUACUGCAGCUCCAGUCCGUGUCAGGGGCAGUGCCUGCCACGCCCCGGGGGCUUUCAAUGCCUCUGCUCCCCAGGUUACAUGUUGGCUGAUGACGGGCUGACCUGUGUGGAUGUGGAUGAAUGCAGAGCUCCACAGCGCCCCUGUGAACAGAUCUGCAUGAACACGCUGGGCAACUUCACAUGCCACUGCAACCAAGGCUACAGGCCUACUGAGCCCAAUGGUUGGGCGUGCCAGGACGUUGACGAGUGUGCCACAGACAUGCCUUGUGAACAGCUUUGCGUGAACACGCUUGGCUCUUUCCUCUGCUCCUGCCAUCCGGGCUAUCAGCUGGAGGGGAUCAAUAGCGCUUCUUGUUUAGAUGUGGAUGAGUGCCAGGAAGAGCCUUGUGCACAUAUGUGCAUCAACCAGCUAGGCAGCUAUCAGUGCUCUUGCAGGUCAGGCUGGAUUUUGGCACCCAAUGCGAUCUCUUGCCUCCCCAGCCCCACGGGCAGCACCUCCUUCCCACCCAACCAGGGAGACGGAGAAUCGGGGAGUCCAGCUAACACCGAUCUUGCGUCAAAGAUGCCAAACCUGGGGUCUGACUCGUCAGUCCAAGCUGAGCAAGACGUAAUGGUUGUAUCUCAGGAUUCCACCUCCCAGCCGAGUGCAUUAAGCAGUCCACUAGAUGCCGAAGACCACGUCGUAAAAGAUAGCCGAGACGAUCACAGCGGCAGCGCCAAGCAACUCUUAUAUUAUACCUUGGGUGGUGUGGCUGCUUUGCUACUGGUGGCUUUUGCUCUAAGCUGGGUCACCUACAGGAAAAAGAAAGACAAGAAAGACAAGAAAAAACCAAAGAGUGCUGCUGACAAUUACUCAUGGAUGCCGGAUCAGGGGGAGGCCAGGGCGGGGAGCAAGGAGUACAUGUAGUCAACGCUGUGUUUUUGUUGUAACCGUGGUAGUGAAUGAUGGUGAGUUGGAGGCAGGGUGGAAAGGGAGAGUGUUUAUAGGAAUUGAAGGAAGCAAAAAUAUGUACUGCAGUAACAUUGUCACGUCAUAUUUGGCAAGGGGAAUCAUCCUGGUUGUACCACCUGAAACUCUGAGGGUGAAGACAGAGGCAGGAUUUUAAGAGCAGCCACAAUGGGUUCUUCUCCCUCCCAUAGUACAAGUCUAGCUUUGCAACUUAUUUGACAGACAUUUGGAAGGAUGCUUCCAGACGAAGCUUUUAUUGUGCAAUUGCCCUGCCUCAUUAUUAGAAUUUUACAGACGCUCCGGAUGCCAUCUUCUUAAAGUUG